UUUUUUUACAAUACCAAUAUCGCCAAUCGCUACUCGCAAGUGUCGAGCAUGAAACGAUAAGUGGAAAAUCCGUUCAACUUGUAUUUUCGCAACUGCAAUCCAAGUUUACCGCCAUUGGAACGCUCGUCGUUCAAAUUAUUCGAUUUCGUCGAUACCUUUGUAGUGCGUUCGUUGUUUGUUCGUGCCGUCCGCCGUUGUCGUCCAUUGUACCGCGCGCGCGCCCGACCCAAACCGCCGCCGUUGCCAUCGUUGAUGUAAACGGGCCUCUGGCCGAAAUGGGGACGUGUUGAACGAAGUCAUACCAUUUUGGAUUACUGUUGUGCACACCGGCUAAAAGAAAACUCAUAGUUUGGCCAAAAUGGAAUGCACCAGCAUUGGUAUCGCUACCGAACAGUCAAAAGUCAUAUUCUGAUGAAUAAAAUAAUUAAAUACUGUGAAGUAUUGGUAUCCAAUCCGGGGAGUAUCGUAUAAAAUUAUUUCUACAGACUCUGCUAUGUGGCAUCAAUGCUGCACAAAGCGGAGUUAAUUUUUUAUCAUUUGCAAAAUCAGCAUGUCACAUAGAACUAAGCGUCAACCAAUCUCUAAAGAUGAUUGUCCAUUACCGACUAAAAGGCGGAAAGGGCGCCCUUCGACGUUACAGGAAGAAGAAGAAGCGUCCUCCAUGGAUACACUAAGUGGCUUCCGAUCAGAUUUGAGAAUACCUUCUUCAAUUUAUAAUACCCGCAUCACUACAGACGCUCCAGCUGAAUUAUUUCGCAAAGACUUAAUCAGUGCCAUGAAACUUCCUGACUCUGAACAGUUAUCUACCGAUGCUUAUUGGAUUAUUAGCGACCAAUGGAAGCAGGAAUGGGAACGUGGUGUGCAAGUACCAGUCAAUCCUGAUUCUUUACCGGGAUCUAGUGUUCACGAAGUACCUGUUGUCUGCUUACCUACUAUUACAAAAUCACCAAGAAGAUCACCUUCAUCAAUUUAUCACUCUCAACAUUUGGAAUUUAAACUUCCAAAACAUAAGUAUAUUCGCAUAACGAAAGAUGAACAUUUUAAAGCUGAUGAACAUCAAUUAUCGCUUUUACCUUUAAAAGCAGAAAAAUCAUGUUCGUACGAUAUGGAUGAUGUCGAUUCAGCUUGGUUAAAGCUGUGUAACGGAGAACGUGCCCUAGGAGGUUUGCCAAAAAUAAAAGAAGACCAAUUUGAACAGGUAAUAGAAGAAUUAGAAAUGAGGUGUUGGGAAAAAGUCCAAGCCAUCAUUAAAGAAGAAGAAGGUUUAGGUAUUGAAUAUGAUGAAAAUGUCAUUUGUGAUGUUUGUCGUUCGCCGGACUCUGAAGAUGGAAAUGAAAUGGUUUUUUGCGAUAAUUGCAAUAUUUGUGUUCAUCAAGCUUGUUAUGGUAUCACCACUAUUCCAUCUGGCUCCUGGUUAUGUCGAACAUGUACUUUGCGUUUUCGCCCUGAAUGUGUACUUUGUCCCAAUAAAAAUGGUGCAAUGAAAUGUACACGAUCAGGCCAUAAAUGGGCACACGUUUCUUGUGCCUUAUGGAUACCAGAAGUCAGCAUUGGUUGUGUAGAAAAAAUGGAGCCAAUUACAAAAAUAUCAAGUAUACCUCCAAGUCGCUGGGCUCUCAUUUGUGUGUUGUGCCGAGAGCGGGUAGGCGCCUGUAUUCAGUGUUCGGUAAAAACUUGUAAAACUGCAUACCACGUAACUUGUGCUUUUAAAUAUGGUCUAGAAAUGAGAGCUAUUAUCGAAGACGAAAGUGCGGAAGAUGGUGUAAAACUACGAUCUUACUGUCAAAAACAUAGCGUUACUAGUAAAAAAGAUCGAAAUUCCGGCUCGGAAGACGAAGAUUCUACAAAGAGAAAACGUAAAGACAUGACUUCUGAAGAGAAAAACCAAGCUAGAGCGGCAAAAUUACAAGAAAUAGAAGGAGAAUUUGAGAAACACGUUAGCGUCACUGAUGUUACUCAGUGCCGUGAUGUUGAUUGUGAAGGCGUUCUGUAUAUUUAUAAUUAUUGGGUAUUAAAAAGAAGAUCUGGUCAUAAUCGACCAUUGUUACUACCAAAAUCGGACGAUGGUGAUUUGCUCGGAAGACAACAAGAACAAGCAGAUUUAGAAAAACUUAAGAUGUUUGUACAGCUUAGGCAAGACCUAGAGAGGGUACGAAAUUUAUGCUAUAUGGUUAGCAGACGAGAAAAACUGUCUCGAAACUUGCUUAGUUUACGUGAACAAACUUUUCACAAACAAGUUGCCGUACUUUCGGAUUCUAAACUUAAUCUUAGUUCAGCCGAAGUGUCAGCAGUUCAAGAAGCCAACCAUGGUCCAUCCAUCUAUGAUCGGUUGUAUUCUUAUCCAGAUGCUCCUGAUUUAAGUACAGACUUUGAAACUAUGUUGUCUAGAAUCGCUGGGGCUGUUUCUCCAGAUAAAUCUAAUUAUACUAGCUUAAAAUGGCCAUCCAGAGACAACCCAUAUAAGCGGUCAUAUGUAAAUGGAUCUAUUCGAUAUUCUAGUAUGUCUAGUAGUACUGAUCUUGAUAUCACGGAAUCUCGAAUACUUAGUAGCGAACAGUCUAGUAUGGAUGAAGCCAAAUUAAUCAAGUCUGUGAUGAACAAACAUAAAUUAAAAGAAAAAAGGCUAAAUAAGAAACGGUCUAAAACAAAACUCUCUACUGAUUCAUCGACAGAAGAAGAAAAUGAUAAAAUAAAACAAAAAUGGAAUUCGCCUAACAAGAAACUCAUUCAAAUUGAAAAACAGUUUGGUAGUGAUGACAGUGGAGAUGUUACUUUACCUAAAAUUUCUUCUAAACGUCCAACAAAAGUAAAUAAUAUUUAUUCAGAUUCUGAUUCUGAAUUAUCGUCUAAAGAAUCAUACAUGCGUACAAAGGCUGCCGUUAAAGAAUUUUCUCAAAGAAAAUCUAAAAGUAAGGCCGUUAAAGAAAAAAAUAAUAUUGUUUCAAAAACCAAAGACACACCUUUGGAAAAAGACAAUAAGAAAACCAAAAAAGAUGAUAUAAAGAGUAAUCAUACUGUGCCUUCAGAACUGAUCGUGCCUCAGAGGCAAGCAGCUAAAAAAGCGACUGAGAGCAUACAUAGGGUACAUAGUAGACAUGAUGAAGGUUUUAACGAUAAGAAAUCCCCAGAAAAAUUAUUAUCGCACAAGAAAUCGCCUGAAAGAGUUGUGCCGAAGUCUCCGGAUAAACCACCCACAAAAGUUAAUAAAAAUAAAGUUACUGAAAAAUUAAGUUCUGUAGAAAAAGAGUCUGACCCACAAGAUUCGUUUGGUUUUGUUCCUCAAAGACAAGCAGCUAAAAAAGCUAUUCAGGGUAUAAAAAGUGGCAUGACCAAACCUGUUGAAGAAGCUAAAGUUCCCGAUACUAUCAAAAAGGAGGAACCAACCAACAAAUCAAGGCGCAAUACCAAAUCGUCUUUAUCCUCAACCACAAGUAGUAGUUCCUCUAGUAGCUCAUCGAGUACCUCAAGCUCUUCUUCUUCAUCAACGUCAUCAGGAUCGUCAAGUUCUGAUAGUGAUACAGAGCCUGAGAAGAAACCCAAAUCUUUGGACCGAGUAAGUCCGCUAAAAGAAGUUACAAAAACUAAAAGCCCACCUAAAACAAAGAAUUGGCUAUCAGAAAAUAAACCAAUUAAAAUUAGUUCCUCUUCUAGUAGUGAAUCCGAGAAAGACCAAAAAGUGAUCAGGGCGCCAGAUAAGAAGCUUAAAACUUCCGACAGGCGGCCUGAACACAGGUUUCAGGAUCCGCCACUUAAGAGAGAGGAAUCGAGAAGAAAAUCGAUUGGAAGUGAUAGAUGCGAUACUCUUCAAAUCAUCUCAUGUGGAGAUACUAGUGUCCGGAAUGAUGGAGAUCGAAAACCGAGCGAUAGUGACGACAUUGGAACAUCAACUGGUCAGCCGAGUGGAUAUGACCCUGAAACGAAACAGCCCACACAUGGAAUUGAGAACAAAGAAAUUGAAAAGAAAUUAAAAGGUAAUGAUGGCGAUCAGAGAAUUCUCAAAGAAGAUCAUGGUUUAAAUAAAAAUAUUCAAGAUGUUAAAAAUAAAAAUAUAACACAUAACCAACACACUUCAGAUAAAGAAAAUAAGAAAAGCGAUGAAUUAAACUUGUAUUUACCAAGUGGUCAUCGGUUAAACGAUCUCAAAGAUGAGCAUUUAUUGGCUACUCCGUUUUUAACUAGACAAGAUAUUGAAAGGGAAUUAGCUAACAAUAUGGAUUUCGACAGUAAAAAAAGUAUAAAAACUCCAUUCAACAACCAUUUUUCUGGAGGUCAAAGGUCAAUAUUUUCUCCACAACAGUGUAACAAAGAUAUUCCCGAUUUUGAUUUUGAUAAUGAUAUGUUAGCUGUUGAACAAGCCGCAAAUGAAGAAGGAUUUGGAUUGACUCGAGAUACAGAUGUACGAAAUGCUCCACUAUCGUUUACGUUUAAUAACGAAUUCUUGUUCAAGGACGAUUCGAAAGAAGUAACAGCCAGAGAAACUUUAAAUCUUGUUGAAAAAUUAAGGUUAGAAAUCACCAAGAAAUCAGUGCCUGUAGAAAACGAGAACAUUGAAAAUAUUGAACUCGUUGAAACUCCAAAAGCACUUGACCCACCUAAGCCACCUGAAUCUGAAUUAAAACCAGAUAAUACUCUUUACAAUGCUUAUAAUAAAUUUCAACAACAAUCCAACGAAGUUGUCGAUGUGAAUAAAGUUCCGGAACGGGAUAAAUUAGAUAGAAGUGAGAGUGCUCUAUCGGAUGAACGAUGGGUACCACCCAGUCAGCGUAGUCAAGCAGAAUCUCCUUAUCGAGAUAUUAACGAUGCUAAUCGUUGGUCAGAUAAUGUUGUAAUGCCAUCUAGACGUUCUGACACUUCAAAUGAACCAUCUCCGGAACACCAAAAUACUUCUAAUACUGAAUAUCUACAAUCAUUACACCCAUAUCCUACAUCUGUGCCUAUGCAAAUGGAUAGCGUACCAUAUUCACAAUAUUCAGAUCCAUCAUUUAUUUUAAAUCCACCCACGACAAAUCAGUUACCAUUUAUACCCCCUCGAACGUUCAACCCUCAACAAUUUACUUUGCCUACACCAUUUUCUGUUCAUUCUACUUUGAUGCCAGAAUUAAAUAAACCAUUACAUCUACAAACUCCUUGCACUGCUGCGUUCACUUCUUCUACUCAAAAUAUGGCCUUUACCGCUGCUAUGAUAUCUCCAAUGACACAUCCGGAAAAUUUUAUUCAUCCUUUCAAUGACUUAAAUGUUUAUAACGACAAUAAUCUUCUGAUGUGCACUAAUAGUAAUAACAUGUCUCUUCCGACGGAUAUGCAUAGUGUGCUUAGUGCGAUUAGCCAAGCAUCUAAUGUAGACAAUCAAAUAUCAAAUGUACCAAAUCAAGCCACUAGAAUAUCUAGUAGUAAUCAAAUUUCAAAUAGUCAUAACUUAAUUCCAGCUAUGUGUAAUCAAAGUCAAAUUAAUUUACCUUCACCUUCAAAUCAGCAAGUGUCUACAACCGCUCAAAAUCAUUUUGAAGUUACUAAUUCGCCAACCGUGUCCAACCAAAUUGAGGAUAAUGAAAUAAAAAUGCCAACAACAGUGACAUCAGAAAAAUCACCAGUAUUAACUAACAAAACACCUGUACUAAAAAUUAAUUCUCCUACAACUUCAGUUGAGGUUUGUCAAAAAGUUAUUAGUCCAGAACUAGUUCAAACUCCAAUUAGCGUCAGUCAAGUAUCUGAUCAAAUUACACCAAGUAUACCGACUCCUAAACAAUCACCAGCCCUUCCUACAACUCCUAUGCCAGAACAAUCCCCACAAUCUGUCCCUGCUUCAUCUCCUUCAGUCACUAGUUCUCCACAUCCUAAUAGUACGCCCACUGAUAAAAAAUCUCCUUCCAAGCCGACCAGGUCUUCUAGUCGUGUAACAGCUCAAUUAUAUAAAUCUCCAGAAGUCAUAGAUCGCUCUCCAGAAAUAAAAAAACAAACCAAACGAGGACCAAAAACUCAAAUAAAACCUUCGGGGCGUGGUCGGGGUCGUGGUCGUGGACGUUCAUCAAACCAUCAUACGGAUUAUAAUCCAGCUGUCAGUAAGCUUGCGGGUACUGCUUAUGAUCUUGAUUUUGUUGAAGAAUUUGUUAAUGAAAGUAGUGUUAUGGAAAACCUUCGAGCAAUGCGGGAACGUAAAAAGUCAGAUGUAAAAUCCGAAAGUAAGUCCCCUGUAUCCCCUAAAAUGCAAAGCAGUCCUAAUAAUUAUCGAAGAAAACAUGCCAGUGUAAAAGAAUUAAAACCUCCUUCUCCCAUUGUGGAAACUAAGACUGAUGAUCCUCCUACUCAAACGAGAAUGGAGGAAUUACUACCUAUGCUACCAGGACCUGUUGACAUGAGAACUUACAAUUCGUAUGAUAAUAUAACUUCAUAUCCUGACAACAUAUACACAACUACUCCUAAUGUAGAUGAUAAAGAAACAAAUAUUGUUAAUGCUUUUAAGGAAGAAGAAGACUUGCAGAGUUUAGAAAAAUUAAAAGGUGAUGAAAAAUACAUUGAGGAAACCGUGAAAUUACCAGCUCCAGUUGAAAGAGAACCCGUAGAACCAAUAGCUUCUAGCAUGGUAUUGCAGAGUGAAUCUAGGAAUCAACUGAAGGUUAAGAUUAAAGGUCCAUUCUUAAAUGCCCAGUACAACAAUGUUCAAAAUCAACCCAUACUACCGACAAUUGAUACCUCUGCAAUAAGCAUUAACAUUCCAAAUCAUGCAGUGGCUCCUUCUGAAGUUACGAGUGUUCCGUCAAACUUUAGACAGAUGAGGAAAAAAGAACUACUUAGACAAUAUUGUAAUCAACAAGAUAAUAUAGAACAAACCACUAACCAUACUGUUGCCCCACCAUUGAGUAGAAAUGUCAUUACCAUUCCAAAAGCAGUGGCUUCUAUGACUACAAUUCCUACCAAAGAAGACUACAAAGCAGUAGUUGACGCAAAUAUGGAAAAGAAACGUACUAAAUAUAAUUUUGAUGAUACUAAAUCCAAUUACAUGAAUAAUAUACGAAAAGGUGAAGCUGUUACACCAAAACUUAAGAUUAAAAUUGGUGGUGAACAGCCAAUGGUUACAACAAUGGAAGAAAAACGAAGUCUUAGACCACCUAAAAAGCGAAUUUGCGAUUCGCAAAAUGAUGAAUCUAAUCAUCUUAUAGCUCCAACUAUGGAACAACUUAGACGAGAUAGCAUGAAGUUCAGACGGAAAGUAUUUGCUAGAUUUGAAGAAGAUGCUAUUGCGUCUACUUCCACAAUAGUUACUCCUACAACUAAAAAUAAAAAGAAACGUAGAUCAAGCCCAUCAGUAUCCAGAAAGAAAAAACCUCGCCCAAAUAAAGAAAUAUCACAGGUUCAGGUGAUAGAGGCCAAAGAAAGCACACCAAAGUUGAUUAUUAGAUUUUCAAAAACUGCUCCAGAAGCAGAGACAGAAGUUACUGAAUUAUCGGAGCCUCAAAAGGCCUCUCCGAUUAAACUCAAAUUAUCUAGGUGUAAAGAAGGUUAUGUGAUGAAACCUCCUAGUAGUCAAUCAUCAACCGAUGCUUCAUUAAACAAUAAUUGCGAAGUUCGGUGACUACUAUAAAAAAAUAUUUAUAUAAAAUACAACUUAAAUUUCAAAUUUAUUUCAAUUAGAUCAGUCUUAUCGUAAAUGUGCGUAUGUGUAAAAAUAAAAAUAAAAUUCUAUUUAUUUAUUUACUUACCUAUAAUUUGUAUAUUUUAAUUUAUUUAUAAAAAUAAUUUUAAUUCAAUAUAAAAAUGAAUGUUUAUAAUAAUUUAAUUGUUGUUUUCCUCAACUUGUUGAAUGAACUAAUACAAACUAAUGUUCUACGAAUACUCCAAAUUAUUAAUGAAAAUAGUGUUUAAGGCCAGCAGAUGUCAAUUAAUUUUAAUUUUGUUAUCUAGUUUAAGUUAAGAUAAAUUUUGUUUUAACGUGCAAUACGCAAAUUGUAAAGUAUUUUUUUUAUUAUUAUUAUUAUUAUUAUUAUUAUUAUUGUUGACCUCUUCAUUAAAAUCGAACAAUUUUUCUCUUUUUGUACUUGUUAUAUUACCAAUUAUUUUUAAAGUUUACGUUAUUAUAAGCCUUGGGUUGUUUUUUAGCUGUGAUUGUUUUAAUUUGUUUUCGACAACAUGACAAAAAUAGUUCUGAAAAAAUGCUUGUAAUAGGUAGAUUAAAUCAUCCUAUAUUCUUCUCACAAUUUGCUUCUUUUUUUUUUUACUUAAUUAUGGUAGUCAAACACACAGUUAUAAUUUAGAUUUAAGUACAAUUAAUCCAAUUGACUAUUAGUCAAACUUAAAAGAUCUCAAUUUUCACUUUUCGUUAGUCUUUAA